AGCACGAUAAGCAAAUGUCUUUUAUACGUCACGUCAAGUUCGCUUUGUGUAAAACACUACUUAUCACCCUCCAUAUAUAAUCAAAGUACUAAAACUAAGGUUGUACAGCUAUUAUAACGAAGCAACUCAUGAAACGAGUCCAUGUUUGGAUGGCAUUGAAGUACAUACAUACUUGCACUUUUUUUUUUUUUUUUUUUUUAAAAAACAGUAUGUUUUGUGUAAUAGUGAAAUCUGUGCAUUAGAAUACAUACUGCGCCAUAGUACACAUGCGCUUAUUUCGAGUGAAAUCGUAUCUUUAUGUCUUACAAUCUCGGCUGGGUGGAAAACAAAUACCAGGAAGAUGGAGUAGCUCCUCGAUCCAGGGAUAAAUCACCAGUGUCCAAUAUCAUAAAGCGAGGAAGCAUACGAGAUCAAAAUGCCACCGAAUUGCAGCAGAUACCACCGAAACGAAAAGGCAUCUCUUGGGCCGAAUUCGUAUUUCAAAUUUUCAUCACCAUCGAAGGUCCAGCUGUGUUCAUACUUCCAGCCACCUUCAAGAAUGUAGGAUAUUUGCUCGGAAUCCUCGGAACAGUUGGAAUCGCCAUUUUCUACAUGUACCUCAUGCGAAUACUGUCAUGGUGCGACGAAUACAUGCAAAAGAAAAGGAAACUCAAACAACAAUCGUUGUAUUCGCUGAUCACCAAUAUAUUCGACGAAUAUAAAUAUCCUCGGGUUGGUAGCUGGUUAAAUUUUUACCUCAAGUAUGAAAUUAUAUUAAGUUGGACAAUGGGAUUAUCUUUCGGCUUGUUUUUCGCCAACAAAAAUGUACAAUUGAUAUUGGCGUAUUUUCACAUCCAAACGACCGAUCAAUUCGUAUUGCUGAUUCUGUCGAUUCCAACGAUGCUAAUUUGCUGGUUCCCUCACAUCCAAUCUAUAGCUUUUUUCUCAUAUUUCAUAACGAUAAUCAUUGCCGCGGUCAUGCUCGAGGUGAUGUAUUAUUUACUGAUUAAUCCGGUUGAAAAUCCGCGAGUUCUCAUGAUCAACGACGUAUCCACUUUGCCUGAUUUUUUAUUCAUGAUGUUUUACGUUAUAACUUACACAGCGUUGGUAUUUCCUCUAAAGCUCGAGAUGAAAUACCCGUCCAAUUUGAAGAAACUUUUCGGCGGCAUAAAUCUCAGUAUUAUUCUAAUCGCCGUCUUGAACAUAUUUUUCUGUUUGUUAGUCUAUUUCAAGCUGGGUGACGAAGUACAGGACAAUAUUUUGAGUAAUUUACCCAACAACGAAAUUGUCUUAGUUACCAAUUGUCUAUUUGUGGUGGGUCUGAUGGGAAGUGGAGCUUUAUCAUUUUACUUAAUAUUUCAAACCUUAUGGUUCGACGGCUGGGACAGCUAUUUUAAAAAAUCCAAUUUCGUUAAAUUCUACGAAUACGUGGUCAGAUCCAUGUUAGGUAUUUUUAUUAUAAUUCUAGCCAUGGUUAUACCGACAUUCAACCUCUUCAUUAAUUUAAUAUCGUGUUUCAGUUAUCCGUACGAUUCUGUUUUACUUCCUAUAAUAUUAGAGAGCGUUAUUGUUUGGAAUGACAAACAAAAUACCACUACGGCCGUUUUAAUACUAAUUAAAAAUAUCACCAUAGGUGUAUUAUGUGUUCUAGCAUGUUUGCUGGCUUUUUAUAUAAGUUUAUUAGAGAUUUUAUCGGUCUAUCAAACAUAAAAAUACCGAAGACAACUGUAUGGCGGGUAGGCUAGGUACUGAAUAACGAGAGAUAAGGUGCAGUGUUUUUUUAAACCCAUUUUUUAUCCCCAAAUCCUGUUACCAUACUGAAAUAAUGUGAAUUAUGUAAUAUUGAAUUUUAUUUAAAACGAUUGUUACGUAAUUUCGCAAACAAUUUUACGAUAAGUAGUUGAAUUAAUGAAGUGUGUGAAUAGGAUUUUUCGUGAAAAAUUUAAGCUGCCUAAACUAAAUUUAUGAUUACCUACUUAUUUCGAAACAUCGAAACUUUGUCGCAUUAAAUGGAAUUUACUUAUGUUAAUUUAUUCAAUUUUUUCACGACAAAUUUUAGGUAGGUAACCUUCGACUUGGAUGCUGUUGAAUCCUAUUUUUGUCACAAGAGGCAAUUAAGGCUGACAUUUCAAUGCUUUUUUUUAUCAAAUAGAUUUUUUUUUCCUUUUUGAAACGCUUCGAGUUAGCAUUGUUUGAACUGUAACGUACUGAGCAUCCUGGAAAGUUGGAAUAAAUCCUUUUUACAUC